UUUCGUGGUGGGUUGCCUUUGCGUAGUAGGCUUGGCAAAUGGGGUGAUCGUCAAUUGAUGUGACAGUUGUCUUCCCUACCGCACCCGCUACUCCACUAUUCUACUAAAACCAUAGCCAUUCGCCCCAGCCGCUACCGUUCCUGCCCCCACACCCCCGCCGCUGAUGUUAGGGUUCUGUUCAAUCUUUCCUCCCAAAGCAAAUAGUCGGGUUGGGGGACGGGUUCUAUAUCACAGGAGGACCUCUCUCUUCUUUCCCGUCCUUGUUUUUCUCUCUCCUUUAUUUCAGAGAGCGGGGCGGAGUCGCAUGAUGAAAUAUGAUGAGGACUGAAGGUGUAGUAAAUGCGUUAUAGAACCCCACUAUUAAUAUUAUUACUGUUUUCCAGUUACGGAGGAGGAGGAGGAGGAGGAGGAGGAGAAGGAGGAGAGUUGUUGGAAAGUUGGAUUAGUAGCAGUUAUAGUAGUAGUACUACUAUAAUAUAUAUUUAUCAAAAAGAAGAAGAAAAAAUGCUGAGAAACGGUGGAGGAGGAGCCUCACAUCGAGGAGUAGUUACCAGCACCAGAUCUAAUCCUAACACUACCGCCGCGGACACCGACUUAUCUAAUAAACCUUUGAAAACAUCAUCAGCUCUGACAGAUGGCCGCUCCGGCGUCGCCUCGAAGAAGCGGUCGGAGAGUGUUUCCACUUUGGCACCCAGGAGCAAGGAGACUAAGCUCUCUGUCCAAUCUCCUCCAGAGCUCUCAGAUUCAGAAAGUGAGGAGACAGAUCUCAGCAGUUCAGAGGGAGACGAUUCAUCAUGGAUCUCUUGGUUUUGUGGGUUGAGAGGAAAUGAGCUCCUUUGCGAAGUUGACGAGGAGUAUAUUCAGGAUGAUUUUAAUUUGUGUGGACUUCAGGGACAGGUUCCCUAUUAUGAUUAUGCCCUGGAUAUGAUUUUAGACAACGAUUCAUUGAGUGGUGAGGUUGAUGGUGAGGAACAUGGUGAAAUUGAAUCUGCAGCUGAGUUGUUAUAUGGUCUUAUACAUGCACGUUAUAUUCUAACCAGCAAAGGAUUGAAUGCUAUGCAUGAGAAAUACAAGAGGGUGGACUUUGGAAGAUGCCCUCGUGUUAAUUGUGGGGGGCAACCAUGCUUGCCUGUGGGCACAUCAGACAUCCCUCAUGAUGACUCUGUGAAGAUUUACUGCCCCAAAUGUGAAGAUUUGUACUUCCCGAGGUGCAAAUAUCAGAGCAGUAUCCUUUUGAUAUAUUGUCCCUUCAGGAUCGAUAUGCUCUGGUUUCUACUACUGAUAUAAGUUCUUGGACUACUACUUCAUCUUCUGAUAAGUCGGUUGUCAAGUGUGAUUAUUGUGGCAAGGAGCGUCAUACUAGGAAGACUUGUUGCAAGCUUCAUGGAUGUCCUACCAAUUCUCACAGGCGUAGUCAGGGUCAUGGGAAGAACACCUAGGAGAAUCAAUCUGAGACUACAACUAAUUAUGAUAGCUCCACUACUACAAGUGCCUCAUUCUCUAUCGACAAAAUGGCUAUGCUUCGUCGUAUGUUUACUCAGAUGGGAUCCUCUAUGCUGCUGCUGCCUCUUCUCUACCAACAAUCACUGCCUCCCACUCAGCCCACUCAGGUACUAUAGUUUGUGGCCAGUGUAUCUGUAGCCUCCUAGUCCUAGAUAAUUGACUCUGGGGCUAUUGAUCACAUGACCUGUUUGCCCACCUUUUUUCUACCUAU